UCAUUAUUUACCGUUUCUCUCGCAAAUCACUCCCGUAUUAUUUUUCUUGUACAAUAUAACUAAAAGUAUAAUAUAUCUUUAUUAAAGAGAAAGUGUAAGAAGCGCUCGUCUGUUUUAUUGUUUCGAAUGAAGUCUUACACAGUAAUGUUAUGAAAUGCACUGUAUCUACUGAGUAUUUUAUCAUUCUAUGCAUACAUCAUGGAAUAUACCGAUAGUUCAUCCAAACAGUCGAAUCAAGAGGGUUUCAAGUUUAAGUAUGUCGCUGAGGAAGAACUUUUGCAAAUUGUACGCAAAGUACGUAGAGAAAAGCAGAAAGAAAAGGAUGCUGUGCAGUGGCAACGUUUUGUGGAAGAAAGUCAGAGAGCUUGUUCCAAACAAGCGGUGAACUUGGAAGAAUCUAAGGCUGUUCAAUUAACUUGUCAGCAUUGCUCUCAGCUUUUAGAUGGUACAAGAGACGAGCAUUUCAUGAAGACAAAUGUAGAAACAGAGUCCGGCCACGAAAGUAUUCCACCAGAAGUUGAAGAACCAAAUUUUCCUACAAAGAGUGCUUUGCCUACUGAUGGUGGAUUAACAUCUCGAGAGACUGGGACUCAUCAGCGUAUUGCACUACUCCGCCAUAGAAUAAGCUUAGUGCUAGAGAGUAUUACCGGAAUGAUUCAGUGCCGUCCAAGGGAACCCGAUGGACCUGAUGAUUUAGAGCGCAGGAAAAUUCGUAUCAAUGAAUUUCUCUCCCGGUUUUCCCGAAAUUAUCUUUUUCAAUUUCAGAGGCAGGUGGCAGAAUUGCGCCGCCAUGUUGCAUCUGCAUCUCCAGAAACUCCUGGACGACAUACUGAAUAUCAGGCAUUGAUGCAAAAGCUUGUUUCAGCUCAUCAAACAGCCCUCCAAAGCCUACAGGCUUAUUUGUCACAGAUUCCAGCAUCAUUGCAAGUAUCAAACAUCUUUGGAAAACUGAGAGACCUCUUACACCAUCUAUGUGAACUUACUUCCUUAAAAAAUCAACUCAGUAUCCAUGCAGGACUAAUGGAUGGCUGUGACGAAGUUGAAGACACAGAUGAAGUUAAUGUUAAGUGUAAAGAACUUCUCACUUUACUUGAAGAAAAAAAAAGAGAGCCAGAAGAAAUAAGUGUUAGUGCCCGUGCUAGUUCUCCUACUAGUGCCAGAGGUAGUUCAAAUUCCCGACGUCAGCCCCCAGUACUUCACACAAAUGGGUUGGUACACCAGGCCUCAUGGAAGAAAUCAUCAGCAUAUUUGGCACGUGCUAAAUUUGGUGCUCCUUCUUCAAUUCGAAGCAGUAAUAGCCCUCACACAUCAUCACGAGGACAUCAAUCACAUGAAAAGAAGUACAUGAAAAAUGUUGAAAAGUGUGACUGUUGUAACUCUGAGCUGAAGGAAAUAGUCACACAUAUGCAUGAUGUACUUUGCAAUAAAGUUGCUGCAAGAAAAAGGAAAGGGAGACAUCGCUCUCAGACCGGUGGUGAUAAAAAUUCUUUGACCAAUAAAAAAUCCACCUACCCUUUAACCAAAGUUAAAAACUUUUCUGACAAUGUCCAACUAGUCAUAACGCGACACUGUGACACUGAUGCUGAAGACUUUAGAGAUGCAGCAACAGACACAGCAGAUCUGUCUGAAAGAAAGUCACACCAAGAGGGAGAAAACAAAAAAACAAAAAAAGUUGUAUGGGCAACCGGCAAUUCAACUUUUACUGAGCCUAAUGCAGACCCUUUAUGUGGUGGUAUAGAUAACAGAGUUCUGCAGACAUUGUCAUCCACUGCACCUAUAACCACCAGUCAUCAUGGUGACAACUCUAUAAAGCUGAGGAAAGCACCCGAACAGCGUAUUUUCAGUUAUAAAAACAGGUUCCAGGAAUAUAACUCACAAGUUCAGAAUCCUGUUCUUCAGAGGAUGUGUGAUGAUAUUCUAAAUGGCGUUUUUCAAGAAAUUUCUGAGGAAUUGGAGCCCAGCUUUCUUUUGGAAAAAAUGUACAAUUUAGAGUUUAAGGACACAUAACAGGUCUAUAGAUAAUAAUUUUGAGUUAGGAGUAUAACAAUUAAAGUCAUUUUACAAUAUUUGUCUAUGCUAGAACA